AGUGUAAUAAGUAUAUGUACUACCUCUGAGAGGUAGUAUGGUUUCUUUUUUAUCACAGUGUUUAACAUGUGACUUUUUUCAGGUAAAAGUUCUGACAAUGUUGAUAUAUGGCAUGUUUGAUAUAUUGGUAGCAUAAUGAUUAGGGCAUAGAUCUUUACCUAGCCUUGUGUUGCUUACGUGUGUGUAUGCACGUUUGUGCUUGUAGUAAUGCAAGAGAUUUAAGUUCAAAUCCUGGAAUUAUCAGUGAAAGUAUUGUUUCUAUGUUUUAGAUUCAGGCUAGAGUUCUAAAGGACUUAAAUUGAUAAAUAGUGAAUUUCCCCAUUUAAUCUGUUUUCUACAGGUAAAAUGGCGAGAAGGAGGGUAACCCCUCAGAGUGUAGCAGAGCAACAUGUCAUCAGUGGCACAGACCAGACUGCCAUGUUGGAUGUUAAAUACAUAAACCCCACUAAAGGCAGGGGUGUAUUUGCCCUGUUGCCUUUUCAAAAAAGGGAUUUUGUGGUCGAAUAUAGAGGACAACUUAUUGACCUUGAGGAAUCAGAGAGGAGGAGGAGGAUAUAUAAUGCAAAAUGCUUGGGCUUCAUGUUCGACUUCAUGUGGCAUGGAAAGAAAUGGUGCAUUGAUGCUGCGAUGGAAGACGGCUCAUUGGGAAGGCUGGUCAACGAUGAUCAUGUCCAUCCUAACUGUAGGAUGAAAAGGAUAUUAGUUGGUAGAAAGCCACACCUCUGCCUGUUCGCUGUUAGAGACAUACACAGUGGAGAGGAGAUUACUUAUGACUACGGAGAUGACAAUUGGCCAUGGAGAGAAAAGGCUGAUGGAGACUCUCCUGACGAAGCUGUGGAGAACCCAGUGAUGCAACAGGAAGAGGUUCUACCCCCCAGCUUGCAGGGUGGCAGUGGAGACUCCUUUGUCAAGGAUUUAGAGAAUAGUUCCUUUGUAUGCAGCUCCAGCAUGGUGUUGCAAGACAAAAAGGUUUUUGAAAAAGCCAAGUCCACCUUGGUAACCUACUCAGACUCCAGCGAAUCAGCCAUCAGUUCCAGCACUAAAGAAGAUGUUCCCCCAUCCACCAUGCAGAGCAAAGAGAAGAUUCCUUUUGGGCUUGAUCUUUCUGACUCCAGUAUGAAACAUGGAGAUGAUGAUGCUCGACAAAUGAUUGUGCCAAGGCUUAGGAGGACCAAAAGCAUCUUUAUGAAAGAGAACAUUCCUGAUGGAUCUGAGGAGCUUUUUGACACCAGUCCUGAUAGUGGAGAAGAAUAUGUUCCAGUUUCAAGUGGAGAAAGUACAGAUGAAAGCACGAUCUGUGAAACAUUACCACCAUCCUUGUCAGAGGAGACUCCGAAAAGCAAAAGCCGUGCAACUCCAUGUCAAAGCAGUAGCAGAAGCAGUGCAACAAAAGUCUUUACUCCUGACUCCACAUGUUCUCCGAGCAGGGGAUGUGGAGAAAGUACCUCAGUAUCCAUUCCUGGUGUCAGAAAGAAAGAAGAUGGAUCUCGGAUGUAUAACAAGAAACAGUUCUGUCUUUAUUGUGGGUCUUCUUUCCUGAAAAUCUCAACACAUUUGGAGCGUAAACACAACAAGGAGGUGGAGGUAGCAAAAGCACUGAGUUUCCCAAAGGGCUCAAAACAAAGACGAGUGCACUUAGAAUCUCUUCGAAACAAAGGUAACUUUGCACAUAAUACCGAAGUUUUGAGAACAGGCAAAGGAAAAUUGGUUGCACGCAAGCAGCCAAGAGAAAAUUCCCAAGCCAAAGACUACAUGCACUGUGUGUACUGCCAAGGUUUGUUCAGAAAACGUGCAAUGUGGAGACAUGUGCAAAUCUGCCAUUUGAAACCUGACAUUGUUAAUCCCAAACCGGGAAAAACUAGAGUCCAAGCCCUCUGUGCCUUUGCAGAGCCCACACCUGCUGGAAUUUCUGAAGAGCUAUGGAAACUGGUGAACAACAUGAACCAGGAUGUUGUUGCACAUGCGGUCAAAAGUGACUGGUGCAUCAUGGAGUUGGGAAAGCACCUAUACAACAAGCAUGGCUCUGACUUAGACAAGCACGAAUAUAUCCGUCAAAAACUGAGGGAGCUUGGUCGACUUCGAGUACAUGGUGGUGAGGUCACAAACAUGAAGACGAUCAGAGAAUAUCUCAUACCAGCAAACUUCAUGCAGACAGUCAAUGCAGUGAAACACACAGCACAAAGCAAUAAAAGCAAUGCUAAAUCACUUCCCUUGAAACUUGGACACAGCCUCAAGAAGAUGUCUAUGCUCCUGGAGAGUGAUGCAAUUAUUAAAGGAGACAAGGAUGCCACAGAAGCAGCCCGCUCCUUUCGAAACAUCUAUGAUGCGAAAUGGCACGAGCUUGUGUCAGCCACAUCUUUGAAGAGCCUCAGCGAGUCCAAGUGGAACGCACCUCAGCUGCUACCUUUCACAGCAGAUGUGCAGAAGUUACACAAUUACCUGGAUGAGAAGCAAAAGCAGUACCAGCAUGAUUUGGAAUCUGAGGCAUCAUCGCAGAACUGGGCCAGCUUGGCUAAGGUGACUCUGGCCCAGGUUAUCCUGUUCAACCGGCGUAGAGAAGGGGAAGUGUCCAAAAUGUCCCUGUCUGCAUUCACAUCAAGAGACAGAUCAGCACCUCACGAAGACGUCAACCUUGCUCUCUCUGAGCUCGAGAAAAAGCUCUGCCAUCAUUUCACCAGGAUAGAAAUGAGAGGAAAGAGAGGUCGGAAAGUUGCUGUCCUCCUAAGCCCAGCGAUGCAGGAAGCACUUGAUGUACUACAUCAAAAGAGAAAUGAGUGUGGUGUCCUCAAAGAAAACGCAUAUGUGUUUGCCAGACCAGGAGCGAUGUCGCACUACAGAGGGUCAGACUGCAUCCGGCAGUUUGUCCAAAGCUGUGGUGUCAAGAAUCCUCUCUCACUCACCUCAACAAGACUGAGGAAGCAAAUGGCUACCUUAUCUAAAGUAUUAAACCUUCAGGAAACAGAGCUUGACCAGCUGGCGGAUUUCAUGGGUCAUGACAUCAGAGUGCAUCGGCAGUUUUAUCGGUUACCGGAGGGCACCCUUCAACUUGUCAAGAUCAGUAAAAUCCUGAUGGCCAUGGAGCAGGGACGCCUUGCGGAGUUCCAAGGCAAGAGCCUUGAGCAGAUCACCAUUGAUCCAAAUGAAACAAUCCAGUUGGACAAGCAUCCUGAGUCCGAAGAUGAACUUGCAGAGGUGGCGUGUGAACAGGAUAUGGAAGUAGUUCCUGACAUGAGUCAGCCUCAAAAGCGAAAAUGGAGUGACGAUUCCGAUGGAGAUGAUAUGCCUCUCCAGAAGACAAAGUCAAAGACCGCUCGCAAGCCACAGAAGAGGCGGCCCUGGGAAAAAGAAGAGAUGAAUGCAGUUGAAAGGCACAUGAUCAGUUUCAUUCACUCCUGUCGUGUUCCAGGGAAGGAUGAUUGUGACAGGUGCCUUAAAUCAGAGCCAGAAGCGCUGAAAAAUAGAGAUUGGAAGGCGAUCAAAUUUUAUAUCAAAAAUAGAAUUACAGCGCUAAAGAGGAAAGCAUAAAGUUUAACAUUUCUUUUUAGUGUGUCAUUGUUUUUGACACAUGUGAAGGUGUGCCAUAUGUUAGUUCAGUCAGUCAGAUGGUACAUAGGUUUUUGGAACUUAAUAAAGAGCUUGUUUAA